UUCAUGUUGGUGAACAGUGUUUUGGAAGAAAAGUUUGAAGACUAAUAAGUCAGGAAAUUAUAUACAAUAGGAUGACUUGGCCAGUGAUCGAGACAAUUGGAUUAGCAGUCACUUUAUUGGUCCUGCUGUAUUAUUACUCGAAAUCGAAAUUAGAGUAUUGGCAUAAACGAGACAUCAAAGGACCAAAGCCGUUACCUUUCGUUGGCAACUUCAAGGAUAUAUUUCUGGGAAAAGCCUCUGUAAACGACUGUUUCGAAGAAGCGUACUAUAAUUUUAGAAAUGAGAAGGUGGUUGGACUGUACGUCGGACAUACGCCACUGUUGGUACUGAGGGACCCGGAAAUUAUAAAGAAUGUUCUCAUUAAAGAUUUCUCCAUAUUUGCUGACAGGACGUUCCACUCUCUGCCAUCGGUGGAGCCAUUAAACGAACACCUCUUCAUACUGGAUUCAGAGAGAUGGAGGCCUUUAAGAGCCAGACUUUCGCCUGUCUUCACCUCCGGCAAGCUGAAGGAGAUGUUUCACUUGUUGGUAGAGUGCGCGAACCAAUUUGAAAAGUAUCUGGACAACGUAGUGGAGAAGGGAGAGUUCAUCGAGUGUCGUGACAUCGCUGCGAAAUUCACCACCGACGUGAUCGGUUCUUGCGCCUUCGGUAUCGAGAUAAAUGCACUCGCCUCUGAAGACAGCGAGUUUCGCCGGAUGGGCAAGAAAAUCUUUCAAACGAGCUUAAAGUCGGUGUUUAGAGACAGACUGAGGGAUUUCCCGUGGUUGUUUAAGGUCCUUGGACCGUUCACUGUCGAUCAAGACAUCGUUGAGUUCUUCACGAAGAUCACGAAGGAGGCUAUAGACUACAGGAUCAAGAACAACGUGCGAAGAUACGAUUUUGUUGACACAUUGGUGGAUCUGAAGCAACAUCCGGAGAAACUUGGACAGAAAAGUGCAGAAGCAGACGAUACAUUUCUGGCGGCCCAGGCCUUUGUUUUCUUUUCUGCUGGAUUCGAAACGUCUUCCCUAACGAUUAGCCACAUAAUAAUAGAGUUUGCAAAGAAUCCAUUGAUUCAGGAGAAAGUUCGAGCAGAAGUACUGGAAGUUUUGGCAAAAACCAAUGGCGUGAUCACGUAUGACUGCAUUAAGGAAAUGAAAUAUUUGGAUGCAUGUUUCCAAGAAACAUUGAGAAAGUACCCAGUGCUGUUGUGGCUGUCGAGAACAGCUUUACAGGAUUACACGUUCCCGGGGACAAAAAUUAGCGUAGAGAAGGGACAGCAAGUCUACUUACCGGUUCGCGCGAUUCAAAGAGAUCCGGAAAUUUAUCCAGAACCGGCUAAUUUUGAUCCUGAGAGAUUCACCGAUGAGCAAGCCAAGACUAGACAUCCUAUGUUCUUCUUGCCAUUCGGGGAUGGACCAAGAAAUUGCAUAGGUGCAAGAUUUGCGAAGAAUCAGUCAAAGGUGUCAAUCAUCAGUAUCUUAUCGAAAUUCAGAAUCGAGGAAUGCGAGAAAACGUUCAAAGAAUAUGACAUAGAUAAGAAGUCAUUGUUCUUCCUGCAGCCAACACACGGAUUGUACGUGAAGUUGACAAGACUCUAAGCAUAAGAGCAUUUGCAUUUCGACAAUUUGUAGUGAAAUUAAUGAUA